UAUUAUAGCUAGGAAACUUCUUUGAGAACUAUUACAUUGGAUCCCAAGGGAUCCAAGGCGGUGGUGCGCCGUGCUACUUUUCGUUUCCUGGCCUGUCUUUGGCAUUGAUUCAGAUGGAGACAUCCAAUUUGCCCAUUAUCAAGAACACCCAUCAAUGAUUGGUCUCACGGCCAUUUCUACGUAAUUUCCUUUAUUCUGGAUCUAGGAGACCCGCCCAUAUGUUCUACGUGCAAAGAGUAUCCUCCCUCUCUCUCUACCUUCUUUCUCAGCGCUCCAUUGGAUCCUAAUGGAGAAAAGCAAGUCUGUCUUCUUUUCCUUCGCCUUCCUCUUCUUCUCUUUCUCCGGACCUUCUCCUCUCGUUACUUUCGGCCAGCUCUUGCCCAUCGUCGAAGACCAAGAAGGCAACGCUAGCCGGAUUCAGACCUACAUCAUUCAUGUACAAAGGCCGGCGGGCACCAAGCUCCUCAGCGAUGCGGACAGGGAGAAUUGGCACAAAUCCUUCUUGCCAAACACCACCCUGGACACCGGCGAGCCGCGGUUGGUCUACUCCUACCGCAACGUGAUCGGCGGAUUCGCCGCAAGGCUAACCCAUGAUGAAGUGACGGCCAUGGCGUCCGUCGAUGGAUUCUUGCAUGCUCACCGGGAUGAGAGGCUUCCACUCCUGACCACCUACACACCCGCCUUCCUGGGUCUAAGCGAGCGAGACGGUAUUUGGUACGCCAGUUGCUCCGGCAAGGGCGCCAUCAUCGGCGUACUAGACACCGGGAUCUCUCCCACCCACCCAUCUUUCGACGACAAGGGAAUGCCGCCUCCGCCGCAUGAAUGGCGGGGGCACUGCGAUUUCCGCGAGCCCCUCUGCAACGACAAGCUCGUCGGCGCGGCUGCGUUCCGAGGCGGCAGGCCGGCGCCGGUCGAAACCGACGACAGUGGUCACGGGACUCACGUCGCCGGCGUCGCGGCAGGGAGCUUCGUCGAUGGCGCCGCAGUCCUCGGCGAUGCCAAGGGCACGUCAGCCGGGAUGGCUCCUAGAGCUCACCUGGCGAUCUACAAGGUGUGCUCCAAAGAUGGCUGCGACGACAGCGAUAUACUUGCAGGUAUAGACCAGGCCAUCCAUGAUGAAGUCGACGUGCUCUCCAUCUCCAUUGGCUCUCGGCCUCGAUCAUCCAUUGCUGGCUCUCAGCCUAGGCCUUUCUAUGAGGAUAGUAUCGCCAUUGGCUCGUAUGCAGCAACGAGGCAUCGAAUCCUGACGUGCGUUGCGGCAGGCAAUGACGGGCCGUACCAAGGCAAGGUGGUCGGCGAUGCCCCAUGGAUUCUGACGGUCGGAGCGAGCUCCACCGAUAGGAGACUAAGGGCGACCGUGAGGCUCGGCAAUGGAACGGAGCUCGAUGGAGAGUCCGCCUACCAGCCAAGCUCGUUCGAUUCAACCCUGCUGCCAAUUGCAUUCCCAGGAUACGAUGAUCAGGGUGGGCGUAGAGGUUGUGGAAACGACUCGUUCGGUGGUAUUGAUGUGAAAGGAAAGAUGGUGCUGUGCGAGACCGGAUACAACGUUAGCAACAUCGAGAAGGGUGAGUUUGUGAAGAAGGCUGGAGGGGCCGCCAUGAUAGUAUUGAACCAACGAGAACAAGGUUUCACCACAUUUUCUGAAGCUCAUGUCCUUCCAGCAGCACAUUUGAGCUUCUCCGAUGCACUCGUAAUUGAAUCUUAUUUCGAUUCAUCCACAAAUAAUACUCCCAUGGCAACCAUAAUAUUCAAAGGAACGCAAUUUGGAUCGCGUCCGUCACCUGCCGUUGCUUCCUUUUCUUCGAGAGGGCCGAGCCUGAACAACGGUGGCAUCCUGAAGCCUGACAUUAUUGGCCCCGGUGUGAACAUUUUAGCAGCUUGGCCUCCAAAUGUUGCACCAACCAACCAAGUUAGCACUUCAACUUCUACGUUUAAUUUUCUAAGUGGUACCUCCGUGGCCACACCUCACCUCUCUGGGAUCGCAGCACUGCUCAAGAACACACACCCACAUUGGUCGCCUGCUGAAAUUAAAUCGGCGAUAAUGACAACAGCCGAUAGGGUAGACCGUGAUUGGAAGCCGAUCGCCGAUGAGUACAAUGGCGGCGCUGCUAGCCUCUUUGCCAUGGGUGCAGGACAAGUGAAUGCAUCAACAGCCAACAAUCCGGGACUUGUCUAUGAGCUUCAUUCGCAUCAUUACAUUCGUUAUCUUUGUGGGUUAGGGUACACAGAGCAACAAAUUAUGGCUAUCACCCAACAUCAGAUCAAGUGUUCGAAUCACCAUGAUAUCGGCAUCGAACGAUUGAACUACCCUUCGAUAUCGGUAUCCCUUGGAUCCCCUGCAAGGAAGACCAUCAGAAGGAAGGUGAAAAAUGUAGGGCAAGACAAUGCAGUUUACUUUGCUGAGAUUGAAGAGCCAGCAGGAGUUGAGGUGGAAGUAUCUCCUUACAGACUAGAGUUUGAUAGAUUGUAUGAGAGAAGGCAUUUUUAUGUCAUACUAACUACCAAUGGCACGACUCCAGGCAAAGGUCAGGUAUCAGAAGGACAACUAUCAUGGGUUUCUAGCAAACAUGUUGUGAGAAGUCCAAUCUCUGUUGUCUUCAGCUAAAAUUCCAUUCUUGGUUUCUAUUUCUUGGUGUAACAUGCACAUUUUCCAACUCUUUGGCAAGAGAAUGAAAUGAAAGUCGGAUCUUUAUUCACUGAACUUUUUUUUGGGUAAAUUCCUCGGCCCAUAGGCUAAGAAUGGGCAGUACAACUGGGGCUUGAUCUUUGACAUAGGCUCUAACCACCAAUGCUGCAGAAAGAAGAAAGUACAAGGAACAAAAAGAGAAAAAGAGGAAGAAAAUUUAAUAAAAAUUCUAUGGAUUGAUCAAAAAUAAUUCUUCUGCAAAUUAAAUCCUAAGCUGUGUUGUACAGAAGAGCUUUAUAAAGUCCUAUGAAAAAUAGGCAAGUCGAUCCAAAAAUAAAAGGAAACAUGCUAAAAAUAUUCCACUAGGAAAUAUAAAAAUUCAGUCUCACCCCACAAGAAACAUAAUAAUAUUAGGAAAAAGAAAAUCUGAAUGAUAUAUAGUUGAUUAAUGCUCUCAGUGUUGCAGAGCCAUAAUAAGUGCAGCCUAUAUAGACUAAUUUAAAAAAAAGUGUAUGCUGUAAAUAACUGAGGUUCGACUUCUUUUGUACUUGGAUCAAAUUGUGAUAUCGAAUUGAGCAUAAUUUUGCUGGACUUGGUGAGACUCAAAGAAUUUAUAGAUCCACACUCUAAACUCAUGCCUACUCUCUGUCUUCUCUCACUUGCCAUAUCCCCUGCUCCAAUCUAUCCACCCACCAUCCCUGCUACUUGCCUCCAUUCUUAUACCAACUUCCUCUUCUCCAUUCUUCCAUUAGUUGCAGAAGGUGAUUUACACCCACCCAUCUCCUCUACUUUUUCUUUCUCCUGAUCUCCUCCUUCUCGCAUUGUUUGGGACGAGAUUUGUUCUGAUGGAAAUCACCUUGAAGCAUAUUUUCAGUCC